AUGUACCACCUGCUGGCGGGGCUCUACGCGGAGUGGGCCAAGAAACCGGUGUACAAUGUGUUGCUCGUGGGUCUGAAGGGCUCGGGAAAGACGUGGGUGCUCGAGCGCCUCCGCGAAAUGCACGCGGGGGGGCAGGGGCCGUCGGGCCGCAUCGCGCCGACCGUGGGGCAGAACGUCCUCGACGUGACGUACAAAAGGAGCGUGCUCCAUUUCUGGGACCUGGGAGGGGCGGCGUCGAUGCGCGUGCUCUGGGACGAGUACCUCCCGGACGCGGCCGCAGUCGUGUGGGUGCUCGACGCCCCGCGCUGGGCCCAAGACGCAAAGAUCGACGGCGAGCGGCAGCCGACGUACCGCGCGGCGGUGUGCGACGCGCUCUUCCAGCUCGCCCAGGAUGCGGCCGCACGCAACCAGCCGAUCGUCGUCGUCGUCGCCCAGCUCGACCAGGCACCGUUUGCGGGGCCGGGGCUCGACCAGGCGUCCGGCGUGGCACUCGUGGAGCACGUCCACAUCCACGUCGUCGAACAGUGGGCCAAGUUUGUAGACGAGACGACGUCUGCCGCGACGCUCAACCCGCACUGGACAUUUGUGGGGCUGAGCGCCGCGUCGGGCGACGGCGUCCCUGCGGCGCUUGAUACCAUCCACAGCAAGGCGGUGCGCUACGCAAGCACCGCGCCGUAG